GCCCUCCCUGUAGCGUUGGGAAUGUCCUGUGCUGCACGAUAUAUCGCAUUCCCCCCCUCGCGCGAAAUUAUCAUGACAACCAACCGAAGCCCUUUAUCUUCUCCUCGCUGGAGGUUCAUCUUGUGGGUGCUGACGCCUUGAGCCCCUCCCGCCCCUCUCCCCACUAUUUUGCUUCCCCCACCACCAAUCGACCUCGAAUCAUUGAGAUCGAUCGACAAAAGGUCGUCGGCCGGGAAGCUUUUUGGUCGCAUUGCCAGCGACUAUGCGGCCUACGACACCGGAUUUGAAAAUCUAUCAGAGCGUGGACCCAACGUCACCGCCCCAGACCCCAAUCACCGCUUCGCCGGUCUCCAAUCGCAAGAACACCCCGAAAGUCAGGGGACUUGCACCCCAACCCCAGCCCAACUCUCACUUCAUGUCUCAACGGUCCAACAUCCGGCCGCUGGGGAACGGGCCACACUUCAGCUUCACCCGGCCAACCCAUCCCGAUGAGCUCUCACCCCUGUCGUCCAGCUCGUCUUCCGCCCCCUCCGACUCUAGCUCGUCUGAGAGUGGGAGUGUGAGUUCGGAACAGCCAGAGCCACCACCUCCGCCGCCGCCACCGCCCCGUGUUGCUCCUAGCCGCACUGUCACUCAGGCGACCUUCACCGUGGAGGAGCUGAGCGACUUUGACGAUAGCGACGAUGAUAGGCUUGGCGUUGUUCGGCCCCACACAAUCGAAGAUGCCGACUCGGAACGGAGUCGGUCACGAUCCCGGAAUCCUCCGGAAAUUGACCGAACCGUCAUGUACAAGUUCCAAAACUUGGGUUGCGACGACUCCGACUCGGAUGAAACAGAUAUUGACGAGGACGAAUACCAAGAGUUCCUCUUUAAACGCCGCGCUGAGAGACGGCAGAAGCGCAUGAGUUCGGGAAGCAUUGGAAAGCGGACCAUCGCCGAGAGCAUUGGGAGCGACACCGACAGGGAGGACCUGAGAGUAUUCGUAAUGGCCGACCAGGUUGGGUCAAGUGCCCGUCGACUGCGGAGGAAAGUUGGUGACCGCCGGAGUUUGCAAUUCACAGAUCCCCCACUGCCGAGGAUCGACCAAAUGGACGAGCCCCCCACGAGCGAUGACGACUUUCUGGAUGAUGACGCCCUCAAGGAACUCCCUUACUACACCCUCGACUAUAUCACCAUGGAGAUUGAUUCUCCAUAGCAACCAUACCACGACUUGGCCCCCACGAAACCGGAGCCUGUAACGACGAUUACGACACAUAAAAAAAAGGAUGACAUGACGGCGGUGCAGCAUCUUGCUGGUGCAGGUGGCAUCUUUUAUCCAAACCUUGAUUCCUUUCACCACCAUUU